GCGGGGGGCGGGGUUUCAUCAAUUUUUUUGAGCCUCCUCACAAUCACCGUUGUUUGAAGAAUUCCAACAAUACUCGCAAAAGCGAAAAAUAAACACUAUAUUAUCGAUAUCAUAAGCAUCGUGGACUCAACGUUUCCUGCUGGUUGUUUCUAUUACGAGAGAGGGAAGCAAAAACAGUGCCAGUCGCAGAGUUUGAUUGACUGGUCGUCCAUCCAGUGAGCAUGGAGGCAGGAGAAGACCAGACCAACUCCAGCUCAGCCAAUAGCAGCGCAGCGUCAGGGGGAAACUCCCGCCCCCCUCAGAUAGCUCAAAUGUCUCUGUAUGAAAGGCAAGCCGUGCAGGCACUGCAGGCGUUACAGCGGCAGCCCAAUGCAGCUCAGUACUUCCAGCAACUGAUGCUGCAGCAGCAGAUCAACAGCGCUCAACUCCAUAACCUGGCUGCUGUGCAACAGGCAACUCUUGCAGCCAGUCGUCAGUCCAGCUCUCCCAGUAACAGUGUCUCUCAAGCUACAAGUUCAGCACAGUGCACAGUCAACUUAAGUACCACUUCUGGUGGAGGGACCAUGACAAACCCCCGUCCAGUGGGACCUGCCACCUCUGCAACCUCAACAGCCCUUAGCCAGUCAGUUUUGCUGGGUGGAAACUCAGGUGGACAGGGUCAGAUGUACCUGAGAGUAAACCGCUCUCUCAGGGCACCUCUCACCCCUCAGCUCAUUUUCAUGCCUGGUGGUACAGCGACAGCUGCUGUGGCAACGGUUGCCCAACAGCAGCCCCAGCAGCAACAGGAAACAGCUCCCACAUCCUCAAGUAACCAGUCAGACAAUGAUCAGGUGCAGAACUUGGCAAUGCGUUGCGUGUCCACUCCAAGGGUGGCUACUGUGAAGACAGAGUUUGCAGACAGGAAGGAGACAAGUGGCUCAUUCCCACUUAACCAGCAAACUCAGACACCACAGCAGUUUGGUCAGUCAGCCCAGCAGAUCCAACCACAGACUCAACCGCUCCCCAACACCAAACUGCAAAACUGCUCCAACGCCACCAAUCCCAGCAUGCCUGGUCUCAACUUGAAGGGCGUGAACCAAUCUGCUGUCACCCCACAGCAAGCAGGAGGUCCCUCCAAUCCGCCGUCUUCCUCGCCUGCCCCCUCGCUCCCUCUCUCCCAGCUCCUCCUUUCUCAAUCUGGCUUGUGCCAAGCUCGAGGAGUACCAGCGGCUACAGCCACCGUUACCCACAUCCUGGUGCCCACCUCCAAUGUUCCUACAUCUUCUCAAGGCUAUCCAAUGGGCACGGUAGCAAACAAAUCUAACAUGACUGCCCAGACAUUGGUGGUGCAGCCACUCCAGCAGACGGGGGUGAAUCUGAGCACUGAAAAACUGGGUCAUGGAACGGGGCAUGUGCCAAUUCAACCUAAAACGGCUCAGGGACAUCGGCUGCCAUUGCAGAUGCCCCCUCGCCACCCACCUCCCAUUCUCCCAGCACCACCCAACAAUGGGCAGGCCAUGGGAGGCCAUCACCCUCAUGUCCCAGUUCAGCUGGUCGGAGCGAGGCAGAGCACACUAGGAAACUCCCAGGCUUUAGCAGUGGCCCAAGCUCGGACCUGUUGUGCCCAGCAGGAUGCUACGGCUGUCGUGCCUGUCAAUAACUCUGGUAGCAAUGUUCUAACAAUGGUGACUGCUGUGGAAACUGGUGGAGCAGGCAUGUGCCUUAAAACAGCCCAAAGUGCCCUCCCAAUGUCUCAGAUGCAAACCAAUCAGAGCCCCGCGUCGAGUCAGGGUCAUCCUGUUUCGGUCACACACUCGAUGGAUGGACAGAAUAACUCUGGAGAUUCUGUUUUCAUUCAGUCUGGACCAGCUCUGACGAAGCCUGGGAUUGGUCCAUUAAAAAGGAAAUCUGAAUCAGAUUUACCGCAUGAGAUGUCAGCCGAGGCCGUCAAUGCCAGUCCGUCAAUGCAAGACUCCGCCCCUCCUCUCUCACCAGCUCCUUCACUAGAUACAGUCCCAGAGAUAGCAUUCUCCUCUCCUCCUACUCUCUCUCUCUCUCUCCCUCUCUCUCGUGGAGGAGGACAGGGUGAUCGAGCACCUGUCCCACAGGCUGUGGUCAAACCUCAGGUCCUCACUCACCUCAUUGAGGGCUUCGUUAUCCAGGAGGGAGCCGAACCUUUCCCUGUGACUGGGCCAUUGAAAGAACUUCCUGUGGCUGUUCCACCCAUCCUACAUCCAGAGAACAUCCGCUCUGAUAAAUUAAAGUGUGAAUACUGUUUAAGAUUUGCACCCGCCAGCCAGUUCAGACGAUCAAAGCGCUUCUGUUCCAAAACCUGUGCUAAGAGGUACAAUGUCAGCUGUAGUAACCAUUACCGUGUUAGUAGGGGUCUUGAGGGUGUCGAACGACCACCAGGGGGUCCUGUUGUGCAGGAUGUUAUUGCUAGACGCAGGGGUCCUCGCAGAAGCAGCUCUGAGAUCGCCUGUGCUAAAAUAACAGGCAGUCAUCUUUCUGUAAAGUGUCGGUCAGAAUCUAGCCGUUCUGAGGACAUUUCCAGCUGUGAGGGUGAGGAAGAGGAAGACUACUUGUCAAUUUCUCCCAGCUCAUCAUUCUCAUGCCCAAGACAAACCCACUGUGGCCCUCAGUUGGAUGACACAGCACCAAGUGACCUCCCAGUGGAUGAGAACCUCUUCCUAUCUGGCAACCCUGCUCACUGGAGUGUGGACGAAGUGUGUCAGUUCAUCUCUUCUCUUCAAGGUUGUGAGGACCUGGCAUCCCAGUUCCUGUCGCAGGAAAUUGAUGGCCAAGCGCUCAUGCUACUAAAGGAAGAGCAUCUUAUGUCCACCAUGAACAUCAAACUCGGUCCUGCCCUCAAAAUAUGUGCUUCUAUCAACAGCCUUAAGGAUUGAACGAGGGAUGGAGAGAGAGAAGAAGCAGGAUUAUAGUUUUAUACUUCUGUCACCAGCCUGAGAAACUGAAACUGAUGGUCAUGAAAAGACAUAGGAUUUUAUGUCUGACCUAGAGAUUAAUCCAAAAAAGAAAAAAUUGAAAAACAGCGAAGAGCUGGAAUGAAUGACAUCUGAAGUGAUGCCUUAUUAAAGCUAAUUAUUUACGGUAGUAUUUUUGUUUAUGAUGGCUAGAUUGGAACUGACUAGUUCUCACUUUGAUUUGUCCUGUUUUCAAAAAGUUCUAGAAAGAAUACUGGGAGUGAUCCUAAAUGAAAACAUAGCACAAAGAUAAUAAUGUAUAAUCUAUAAAUGACAGAAUCAUUUAGUUAGGAGGUGAUAAACAUAAUACAUCUCGAUUCUGGAUUUUAAUGUGCUACAUAUAUUAUAUUUGGGCAUGUGAGCUUCGCAUCUCUGAUUUGAAGAUGUCACUGUAAAUCUGUAGUCCUUUUGUGUUUGUCAGUUAUGUUAAACAGUAGUAAUCAAAGUAUGAUUGGUAAUGCCUUUAGAGACAAUAAUCAAUGUUAUACCUGUAGUGCUUUUGACUGUCAGAGUCAAAGAUGUGAAUAAGUUGCUUUUCUAAAAAAGACAA